AUGGCCCAACCACCACCUCCGCGCCGCCGCCGCCCCUCAGCCGACAGCUCCGACUCCGACUCCGACGCCGCCUCCCCCGGCCCUCUACCCGCCUCCGUCGCCCUCUCCGCGCAGCUCUUCCCCGGCCAAGCUCGCUCCCUCUCCGGCGUCGCCCUGCGCGCCUACUGCCUCGGCCUCGUCUCCUCCACCUCCCUGCUGCUCCUCAUCCUCCUCUCUCCCUCCUCGCCCCUGUGGCGGGCGCCCUUCUUCGCCCUCGCCCUCUCCGCCUUCCACUUCCUCGAGUUCUGGGCCACCGCGCGCCGCAACACGCUCGCCGCCACCACCGACAGCUUCCUCCUGACCGCCAACUGGCCCGCCUACGCCGUCGCGCACGCCGCCGCCUUUCUCGAGUGCGUGCUCGUCAACGCUUUCCGCCCCGACCGGCGGUGGGCGGGCAGCACGGUGGUGGUGGUGGUCGGGCUGGUGCUGGUGCUUGUCGGGCAGGCGGUGCGGUCGGCGGCGAUGCUGCGCGCGGGGGCGAGCUUCAACCACCAGGUGCAGCUGGCGAGGGCGGAGUCGCACGUGCUGGUGACGGGCGGCGUGUAUGCGUGGCUGCGGCACCCGAGCUACUUUGGCUUCUUCUACUGGGGGCUCGGCACGCAGCUCGUCUGCGGCAACGUUGUCUGCUUCUUCGUGUACGCAGUCGUCCUGUGGACCUUCUUCAGCCGCCGCGUGCGCGUCGAGGAGGCCAAGCUGGUCGAGUUCUUCGGCGACGAUUACGUUCAGUACCGAAAGCGAGUCGGCACGGGAAUGCCGUUCAUCUAG